CUCGUACACACACUUUGAAGCUGUGCUUUUGCACCAGAUUUCUCCCACGUUCCUCAUUCUGGGAAAUGAACAGAGCCACUUGGUGCCAGACCUAAAAUAAAACUAGCUGACUGGAGGCCAGAAUGAGCAGAGGACAGACUGAGGUCCCGGGGCUGCUGAUAGCACUGACAAGUCUGCUGCUGCUCAUGGCUGCUGCUGGAAAGGACUGUUGGAGGCAAGGAGCUAAAGAUCAGCUGACCUCAGUAGCCCUGAGCUCCCGCUGUCGAGGCCUGUGGGGGGAGUGUGUUCACGACAGCAUGGUGGGCCUGAGGACGUGUGAUGUGUCAGUGUCGUACAUGGAGAAUCUGCCAGCUGAUUUGUUGGCUAUGAGAGUAGCAGUGGUGGGGAUGUGCGUUGUGUCUGUGCUGUCUAUCCUGGUCAUGAUACCCGGCCUGAGGUGCACAACGCUGAUCCCCAGUUUGCUGGCUCAGGGCAGGCUGCUACAGAUCUCUGGCGCCCUCUGUCUGUGUGGAGGUGUGUGUGGUGCAACUGGCCUGCUGUGGUAUGGGGUGGACACUUACGCCAGAUACAAACAGGAAGUGACUCUGGGGAUGCCGGGAAUAACGUUUGAGUUUGGGCUCUCCUACUGGCUGAUGGUGGGGAGUGUGUUGUGCUCGCUCACCUCAGCUGCACUGGCGGUCAGGAGUGCGUCUGACAUCGGUGAUGCCAUCGGGGUGCGACGGACACUCACUCGUAGUCGGCCAGAGCACACCAACCCCGCCAUGUCACUGCAGCCCACCUCAGACUACAAGACUUACAUUUAA